AUGUGUCUUCUUUUUUUUUCUGUCACAUUUUCAUUGUCACUUUCUCUCACAUUUAUUCUUUUGUUUUCUUUCACUUUCUAUGUUUCUUUUUCUCUCUUGCAGUUAGAAAAGAUGAAGUUUCUGAAACAUUUUCCCAUUCAAUAUCUGUUUUACUAUCUCUUUAGAGUAACAUUUUACAGUUUUGUUCACUCUUUCUCCAUUUCUAUUCCUCUAUCAUAUUUUCUUUGUGCAAUUAGAAAAAAAAAUAGGUUCCAAACAACUUUUUCUAUUUUCCUCCUCUUUCAAUUUCCCCACCAUUUUUCUUGUUUUUUUUUUCUUUUUCUCUUUUGCUUUUCUAUUUUUAUUUUUCUCUUUUACACUUUAUUUUCCUCACAAUUUGUUUCUGUUGUUCACUCUUUCUGGCUUUCAUUAUUUUUCUCUGGACUUUUCUCUAUUUUUCAAUUUGGCUUUUCUUCUUCAUUUGUUCUUUCUUUUUCACAUUCCUUUGUCCAUCUUCACUAUUUGAUUAUAAUGUAUUUUUCUUCCUUUUUUUUUUACCUUUUUCUGAACUCUUUCAUCCAUCUUCACUCUUUGCUUCUCCCUCUUAAUGCAUUUUCCUUCUUUCUUUUUUUUGAAGUUCUUUGUCUUGAUCACUUUCAUGCAUCUUAUUUCUUUACUUCUUCUUCUGAGAACACUUUUCAACUUUCUUCUUCUUCAACAGUUUAUUCCGUCUUUGCUUCAAACUUCUAA